AUGCCGACUCUACCACAGCUAACCAAAGGUUCAUCAAACAAUGUCGAGGAGAUUGAAGCUACAAACACCUCAACUGCUCCCCCUAGUGAUGCACUUAAUGAUUUCCAUAAGGUCAUCAUCAAGAUGAUGAUGUCCUACACCAUAAUUGAAGCUCAUUCAAAAGAUCAGUAUAACCCUCAAAAAAAGUCAAAGAAUAAUGAAGGAACAUCCAGAGCUGUUUCUAAGAAGAACCCUGAUCAUCAAUCUCUUCAAAAAAUCAAAAGUCGCCAUAACUACCUCCCAUUUAUUCUUUAUCUGCUUGGUGGUGUGCGCGGAAUUUUUAACACCUCUCGGGACCACCGACAAUAUGCGAUAUGUGAUACUCUUGAGGUCUUGCGCAUUUUCAGAGAAAUUCAAUUGACCUCACCAACCAAAUUCAAGUCUUCCAAAGAAGUGUGGGUAAAUCUAGGCACCUACAUUCGCCAAAUUCUCUCUUCUGACAUUCAAAACCCUGAAGAUGUUUCAAAAUUUAUCAUCCCUACCCGUCAUGAAUUAGCCAAGCGUAUUGCACAUGACUAUAUCAAUCAUACUAGUCAAGAAUCUGACUUAUUUAACAUUCCACAAACACGUAGUAUGCAAUAA